AUGGCUACUCUUACCAAUAACGGAGAUGGCCCUCUUCAGGUGCCCGGGUUCGGCUCCAUUCCCUUGGAUUUUCAGCUCCCGCCAGAGGCUCGCUUUGCACAUGGGCUGUUGGACUACCGCCACUCACCUCGGCUGACCAAACGGGAGAUGGCCAUGCUUUGUCUCAUGCAACAGGUCACAGAACAACCUGGUUGGGAUUCGGCCGUAAUCAAUGAGGAUGAGGUCCAGCUCGCGCAAUGGUACCGCGAUGCCACGGAAGGACCGGAUGGUCACCUAAUCAGCGCUGCUGCAUGGGACUGGUGUCUAGCGGAACUGCGCGAUAAAGCAGAAACGUGGCGGGAAACAGGCCGCCUCCUGGUCUUUGACAGUUCCUCGGCCGUGUGUCAAGCCGAUGUGUCUCUGUCAGAUCGAGAGUCCCCGUCCCUGAAAGAAGGGUUCCAAGCGGAGAUAGACCGAUUGGGGGCCCCACACCCGCAGCCCAGACCCUAUAUUCAAUAUAAUCGCUUAGUGGAUCCAUCUUGGUAUCCCCUUGUCUACGACCAGACUCGAGUCCUUAUUCAUGGGGGGCGGACUUCCCUUGACAAUUUUCUCUGGGAUUCGGCCGAAGAACCUGAUGGAGAGCUACCUGCCCAUCCCAUGGGCCCUCCCCAACACCGGCCAGGUCAUUUGGAACGCAGGCCUGGCCAAGGAGGACCGGAGAGCUGCUGGUCCAACCGCUUUCAAUGGCUUCCAUGUGAGGUGCAGUUCGAUAAUACUGACAUCUUGGAUGUUCGAAUCACGUCAUACGUCAAUAAUCUCCACCCCGCCAGGCACCAAAAUCUCUAUAGGCAUCUGGAGCGCCUAAUCGCAAGCUCCGUUCCUUCCUGGAAUGAGAUCUUAUUCUACGGCAAUACCCGUGGCUGUCGCCCACCACGUAUCCUGACGUAUGGAUGCGAGAUUCAUGACUAUAAAGAAGAGCACAAAUUGUUCGACGUCCUGCAACACGGGCACCGCUGGCAGGUACAAUGUGACACCUACAAAGAGUGGGAGUCCCUGCGCAACAUAGCUUGCGAGUACAUUGAAGGCCCCGAACCACCCAAAUGGAAGCAGGCGGACCCCUUGCCUGAAAAGCCGGCCAAUUUGAUGGAUUUGCUCACUUCCGAGCAACGGGAUGUUCCUGGCCUUAUGCGUGCUGUCGCUGAAUACAAGCGCACUCGACGAGCCUGGUUCAAUCACCCAGAGCCAGGUGUCUCAUUCUCGUAUGAGCAGUGGAAGCAGGGUAAAUAUACGGGACGAGCAAUUCACGCGCAGCAGAUCAGCAAGUACCCGGAUCCGCUACACCAUGACCACAAGCCUAUUCAAUUGGAGAAGCAAUUCCAAGAUAAGGGUCUCCAGGUUGUAGUAGAAAUUACCCGCAUCGAAAUACACCCAGACAAUCCUAUCUUUAUCGGAGAGAGACAUUUCCACACUGAGGGGCUCCGCAACGACCGGAUAGCGGCCACCAGUCUGUAUGUGGUGGAGUGCAACAAUAUCACCCCCGCUCGCCUGGCGUUUGAGCAUGAGGACAAAGUCCACGCCUCGGAGCUAGGGUGUCAGGUGCCUAAUGCACUUGCCACGGUCCUCGAUGUAAAAUCCUGGCAGCGGUAUGAGGAGCAUCCCCCUCGCGCACUCCAUACUUUCGGGUCGGUUCCACUCACAGACGGCCGUCUUCUCAGCUGGCCUAAUACCUAUCGAUCGAAACUGGAGUCCUUUUGCUUAGAGGAUCCCAGCCAGCCGGGAAAUUUGACCCUGAUCAAACUUCGGCUCGUCGACCCACAUUAUCGCAUCUGUUCAACAAAGAAUGUUCCUCCGCAGCAAAAUGACUGGUGGGCUGCAGCAGCCCGACAGGCAGCUAGGCUCGAUCAACGCUUACCCCUGGAGUUGGUGUGGUAUGUAAUGGACCAUGUGAAAGACUGGCCGAUGUCCGCAGCUGAUGCCGAAAAUCUGCGCAUAAAAUUGCUAUUCGAGCACGAACGCGUGCGCCGGGUCAUCGAUUCGUGCGUGGGACAUCAUAUCGUUAAUCGUCUCCCUUACGGUGAACAAGAAGCCGAAGAUAUGAUGGAUAGGGUCGGAUACGAGUCCCCUUAG